AUCUGUUUUCCGUCUUCCGUUUUGUCCUCCAGGUCCCUGUGACGUGCCGCCUCUUCCUAGCUGAGCCAUGGAGACCAUGCAAGAGCUGAUCCCCUUUGCCAAAGAGAUGCUGAGCCAGAAGCCCAAUGGGAAGAUGGUCAAACUGUACAUGAUGGGGAGCGUGCUGGCAUUCUUUGGAGUGGUUAUCGGCCUGGUGGAGACGGUUUGCAGCCCUUUCACCUCUGAAGAGAGGCAAGAGGAGGAGGAGGAGGAGGAAGCAGAGAGAAGACCUGCUGUCCCACUGACCAAAAAGGAGGUUGUUCCUCAGACACAGGGGGUAGUGUUGGAAAAGCCCAAACAGGCCCUGGCGCUGAGGAAUUCAUUGAACAGGCAGCAUGCAUCCUAAGAAAACUGAAGUGAGCAAGGACAUGGUGACUUGCAAUCCACAGGGCAUUUGGUGCCCUGUUUGUUUGUAAGGUGCAGACUCCUGAAGACUGGAGAGCCGCUUCAGUAUGAGAGACUUUAAAUGCAAAAGGACCUUCUAUAAAUGAGACUGUUUUAUGUUGCUGCUGUGCAGCAGUUGAACUACACAGCCAUCUAAAUCUGACGUACCUGUUCUAUUGGUAUGAAUAUGGGAAGCUUGUAGCAUCUUGUACCUACCAAUGUGUAGGGUUAUUUUUUUUAUUAUGAGUAUACAUGCAUUUUACAGAUUUGUCAUUUUAAAUAAAAUAUUUUAUA